AUGAGCCUCGAUUCGGCUCCAAAAGUUCCUGAUAUCUACACUCCUGCGGCAACCUCGUCCACAUCGUCAUCGUCUUCGUUCCGAGGCAAUCAUCGUCAUGAUGCAACGCAAUUGAAUAAUGCAGAAGAUACCGGGUCCAGAACGAUACUGCAACAAUUGGUGAAUAGAAAAAGUUCAUCGGAAGCGUCGCGCACAAUGGACAUGGCUCAGUCUGCUGUUGUGCCUGGGGAUGAUUAUGAGCAUGAGACACGGCCGCCUUAUCUUCAUUCCAUGCUAGCAGGUGGCAUCGGUGGCUCUUCCGGCGAUAUGCUCAUGCACUCCCUCGACACCGUCAAAACCCGCCAACAAGGCGAUCCACACAUUCCACCUCGAUACGGCUCAACGUCGGCAUCAUAUAUAAAAAUCUUUCGCGAGGAAGGGUUCCGAAGAGGUCUUUAUAGUGGCGUGAGUCCGGCACUGAUGGGAUCCUUUCCGGGCACCGUGAUAUUUUUUGGGACAUAUGAGUGGUCGAAGAGGCAUAUGAUUGAUUUGGGGAUCAAUCCUACGUUGUCGUAUCUUUCUGCUGGGUUUAUUGCCGAUUUGGCUGCGUCAGUGGUCUAUGUGCCAUCCGAAGUCCUCAAAACGCGUUUACAACUCCAAGGACGAUAUAAUAAUCCCUACUUUAAAUCUGGGUACAACUAUCGAGGAACAGGAGAUGCAUUCCGAACCAUCGUGCGAACAGAAGGAUUCGGCGCCAUGUUUUCGGGCUAUAAAGCUACCAUAUUUCGCGAUUUACCGUUUUCUGCGUUGCAAUUUGCGUUUUAUGAGCAGGAGCAGGAAUGGGCGAAGCAUUGGGUUGGGUCUAGAGAUAUCGGGUUGCCGUUGGAAAUUCUUACGGCGACGACGGCGGGAGGCAUGGCGGGUGUUUUGACAUGUCCGUUGGAUGUGGUCAAGACGAGGAUCCAGACACAGCAGAAUCCUGACGCAUUCCUCCAAAAGAGUUCGACGCAGGCCUCUCUAUCAUCGAAGAAAGAUAGUCGACCGCAUGCACAACAUAGCCAGCAUACGUCAUCGUCUUCAUCGUUGUCCUCCAGCAAAACACAUUCACGACCCAUAUCGACCUCUUCCCCGUCGACAUCUACACCUCAACCCGGUGCGCCCAUAUUGCACACAUCGUCCGUCUUCACAGGACUCAGGCUCAUUUAUAAGACCGAAGGGCUGGCCGGCUGGUUCCGUGGCGUCGGGCCACGAGCGGUCUGGACCAGUGUACAGAGCGGCACGAUGCUGGUUAUGUAUCAGUAUUUGCUGAAGAAGUUGGAGUCCAUGUCGGAGUCUGAGACAAUGCCGGUUAUAUAA